AUGUAUCAGGUUGAUAAACGUCAGUCCCGAUCGGAGAAGGAGUCCAUACACUCGGGACACUUUAUGGUGUCACAUUUUGAAGCUGAAGCCCAAGACGACUUUGACGAUUUAGUUUCUGUUCCUGACGAAGAACAAAAUGUCCAAAAAGUUACCACAGUCGCUACGUACACAGUGCCUAGGUCGAUUAUUCCGCAAACGCCUGAUAAAGAAGAAAGUAAACAGCACCAACAACUUUCAAUAGAAAUAUCUCUGACAAAGCUAUUUAAAUGUAUGACUUUGGCCUAUAGACAAAAAUUAACUUCACCAAAAUGGAAUCGUUUCAAAGGUAUAAAACUCCGGUGGAAGGACAAGAUUAGGCUGAACAACGUUAUAUGGCGAUGCUGGCACAUGCAAUUUAUUAAAAAGCAAAAUACAUUGGUAUGUCAGUUUGCAUCGCCGUUAGAUGUAGAUACACACGUAAAACCAGAGGCAACAAUAUUGGAAGGCAAAUAUUGGAAACGGCGGGCAGAGGCAGUUAUAGCUGAAUAUAAAAAAUGGCGCAAAUUUCAUAUAAUGAGACUCCUCGGAAAGGGGGAUACCUCGGUUCAGGAUACGAUAUCGGACAUGGACACGGUGGAAUCGUUCUCUCAGUGCAGCGACUUUGCGGCAAAUAUGCUCACGGACGAGGACUAUUUGAACUUCAUGACUGACACACUUUUUUCAACCAUCACCAACCACCAACCAUUUGCUUUCCCAGAUUGUAGAGAAAUAGCUAGGGGAGCGGGCUUAGCAGACUUCAUUCAACCAAGCUUAGGGCCGUUACAACCUAACUUAGAGGAUUUUAUGGACACAUUAGAGCCUUUUCAAGACUUAAGGUUACCGCCCGUUCCAGAGGAGACGCCUGAAGAAUCUUUGUACAGAGGUGGAAUGUCAGUGGACUCCUAUUCUCAAGGAUUUAUGACCGGUAGCCAGAGCAACACUGCUGUCACUAUGCCGACCAGUCAGAUGUCUUUGCAUGGUCAAAACCAGAAUACUCAAAUGAUGUCCAUGGAACAAAGUAUAAAAAAUGAGCAGCAAAUGGGAAUGUACGACAACAGAAGGUUAUUCUCACAAACGGAUCUACAAAAUAACAUGAUGAACUCGCAAGAAAUGCUGCCUCACUAUCAACCUGUAUCCUAUGAACAGAAUACGUCACAGUCCGACCAGCAAAUGCAUUCUUUUGUCGGGAAGUCCCCAAGGUUGCAAUAUGUUAAUACUCCUAAACUUUUACCACAAUCUGAAACUUCGUCAUACAAUAAAUACAGCACAGUGCCGCCAUCUCAAACUGCUCCAGAAACGGUGUCACUAUUACAACAACCUAUACAAAACUCUAAAUAUGCAUCCACCGUAGUAAUCCAAGGACGGGGUGGUUUUGGACGCGAGAAAGUUCGUCAAAGGCCCUCGCAAUACUCUAGUCCUCAGGUUCAACAGAACAACCAGUAUCAGGGUUAUCAAGCGAUGAGUCAAUCAGGGUCGCCGGUGUCUCCUCAAGGGUACGAGUCAAGAUCAGUGAGCGUGCGGCAAAGUGCACAGCAACUGCAGUAUUUGCAGUUGAACCAGACUGAUUCGUAUAAAACGAAGAACGUGCAGGCAACGGUCAGCCCUCGGUCUUUUAAAAUGCCUUCACCACCGCUAGUGCCCGUAACGUCGCCACAGAUGUCCAACGCAGCGGGUGCGAAUACAGGCAGUGGGUCGCGUUCCAGUAAGGAACAGUUUAGAUCGCACAGCCUGCCGUUGGGUGCUCAGCUCAAUCUUGACUGGACUGUGAGCGUCCCUGCGCCGCCUGCACCCUCUACACACGAUGUCGCGCCAGCUAAACAUAUUGCGAGGGCUCGCGAGCCGAACCCGAGCGCCAUUCGGAUUCGGUCGCGAUCUUCGUCGAGCGGCGUGGUCGCGGAGAGCGCGGCCCCUGGCUCCGCGAGUGGCGCCUCGGGCGGCCCCGCCGGCGCCUCGGGCUCCUCCCGCCGCCCUCCGCCGCUCAACAGCGUCGCUUCCGAACCGACACUGCCUCAAGCUAGUGUCAUGCUUGCUCAACUUCUCUCUGCACAACACUCUCAAAGCCUGUAUAAGCUGAAUAGUGAGGAGGGCAGUAGCACGACGGAUCCCACUAGGUCCCCUAUUAGGAGGGCGCAGCCUUCGCCGAUCGGGAGUGAUGUGAUGUCUCCCCACCAGUCUCUUUCCCCGCCGACAUCGCCCGGCGGAGGUUCUCCUCGCGCGGGGAGUCCGCGUGAGUCGCGCCGCACACACUUGCAUGCCGAGCAGAAACGCCGAUAUAACAUAAAAAAUGGCUUCGACACACUCCAAGCUCUUAUACCCCACCUCAACACCAACCCAGCCGCUAAGAUAAGUAAGGCAGCAAUGUUGCAAAAAGGAGCUGAAUAUAUAAAACAACUCAAAGCGGAGAGAAAUCAAAUCAAAGAAGAGAUGGAGAGUCUGCGACAGCAAAUAGAAUGUUUAAAUAAUUCUAUCACUAAUUGUCACUCGCUAUUGCCCGCGACGGGCGCGCCCGUUUCCCGCGCUCGGUCGGGGCGCCUGCGAGAGAUGUUCGCCAGGCACGUGGCCAAUCGCACACUUCACAAUUGGAAGUAUUGGCUCUUCAGCGUGGUGAGCGCGGCGCUGGUGGAGUCGUUCAGCGCGUGCGUGUCGUGCAGCAGCGCCGCCGACCUGGUGCGCACCACGCUGCUGUGGGCCGAGCAGCACUGCUCGCUCGUCGAGAUGCGCCCCGCGGUGCUGAAUUCUCUGCGGGUGUUGUGUACGACGACGGACAUCCUGACGAGUCCGGAGCGACUGCCUGAAGAGGCUCGCGCCGCGGUCGCCGCCUCCGCCGGCGUCAAAACCGAGCCCACGUAG